AUGAUCGCUCCAGGUAUGCUCCUCCUCUUUCUCUCCAACUCGCCCUCCUUUUUGUCUCUGUUUCUCUGUGCGAUUGGUACUGUCAGCAUCAUGAUCCGUCCUCGACUCAAUCUCUUCUCUGCCCUGCGGACUCCCCCCGUUCGUAGGUCCUUUGCGACCGAGGCGCGGUUAACCUCGGACCAUGUUCGCGUCGUCGAAGUCGGCCCUCGAGAUGGACUGCAGAACGAAAAGAAGUCUAUUCCCUUGGAGACAAAGCUCCAGCUCAUUGAAAAGCUCGCAAAAACAGGAGUAACCACCAUUGAGGCCGGUUCUUUCGUCCCUGCGAAAUGGGUGCCACAGAUGGCAAGUACAGCAGAAAUCUGCGAACAUCUCCUCAAAACACCACCUCAAUCACCAAGUACCAUCGCCUACAACUACCUGGUCCCGAAUGUGAGGGGGUUGGAGAACCUCAUUAAAGUUAUGGACGCCACAGGGGUUCCCGCGGGAACGUCAUCAUCGCAGUCGGCCACGACGACCGAAAUCUCCCUAUUUGCGGCCGCGACAGAAGCAUUCUCGAAAGCAAACACCAACUGCACUAUCGACGAGUCGCUUGAGCGCAUCCGUCCUAUUGUUGCCUUGGCGAAGACCAAGGACAUCCGUGUGCGCGGUUACGUCUCGGUUGCCCUCGGCUGUCCGUAUGAAGGACCGGACGUCCCUCCCGCAAAGGUCGCGGAUAUCACGGCCACGCUUCUCGAAAUGGGAGCCGAUGAGGUGUCCGUCGCCGACACGACGGGAAUGGGUACCGCUCCCCGCACCAUGGAACUCCUGCAGGCGUUGAAGGCGGCGGGUAUCGCCAACAAUGACCUGGCAUUGCAUUUCCACGACACAUAUGGCCAAGCAUUGGUUAACACGAUUGUUGGACUGGAGCAUGGGGUUCGAAUUUUCGACAGCAGCGUGGGUGGUCUGGGUGGAUGCCCAUACUCAAAGGGAGCUACUGGCAAUGUUUCCACCGAGGAUCUUGUGCAUACCCUGCACAGCCUUGGUAUGCAUACUGGGAUUAGUCUGGACGAGAUGUCGCGGAUUGGUGCCUGGAUCAGUGGUGAACUGGGCCGUGCCAAUGAAAGUCGGGCUGGGAAGGCCACUAUGGCCCGACUGGAGGGUAAAUGCUAG